GAAGUCGAGACAGGAGUCAAAAAAGUCAAACCUCUCUGUUCUACAUGGUAAUAAUCUCUUCCCCGGCUUGAACUUUCUUUCUCGCGGAAAUUUUCCGAUUCCCAAUCGAUUUUCUCGGCUGCCAAACAAAAAGGGGCAACUGGGUAAUGGCUAUUUGUCUCCCCGCCCAAAUGGGUAAAGAAUUUGGAUGGAGAUUGCUGACGGUGGUAGGGGUGACUUUUGCUCUGGCUGUGACAUUCCAAUUCCUCGAGCUCCCAUACGGCGUCGUUUUGCCGUCCUCCUCCUCUGCGCCUUCUUCCCCCGACGAGGCUCCAGGACAAGGAAUUGGUAGCGGUAGUAGUGUUAGUGUCAAUGUUGUUGCUGUAAAUUCCACCACCCUCCAUCCUGCUCUGGAGGAAGUGGCGGACAGCGAUGGGUUUGUUUAUGAAGGAAUCAUGAACAACAACAGCAGGUCUUCCACGGAGUUCGAUUUGUUACAUGAAUGGCUGGUUGAUGCGAAUUCGAGUUCGACAUUGUCUCCUGAGGCUGCUCCUGAUCAGGAAAUUGAUGAUGAUGAUGAUGGUGAUCCAGAAGGGAUUUCUAGUGAUCACUUUGUGUCUGAACGAAUCACGGGUUGGAAGAAUGAUUCUGCAGAUGAAACCAGCAGCGAUUUGCAAGGGAACAAUGUCACUACUUUGGCAGCUGAUCAAGAAGCUAAAGAAGGAUCUUCAGUUGUCCACACAUCACCAGUGGAGGAGGAGCCUAGCAGCAGUGCAAGUCCUGAGAAUAAGGUAGAUGAUAGUGAUCACUCUGCUGUAUCUGAACGAAUCAUGGGUUCGAAGAAUGAUUCUGCAGCUGAAACCAGCAGCGAUUCGCAAGGGAACAAUGUCACCGUUGUAGCUGAUGGAGAAGCUAAAGAAGGGUCUUCAAUUGUUGCAGCAGUCCCCACAUCACCAAUGGCGGAGGAGCCAAGCAGCAGUGGAAGUCCUGCAGGUUCAAUUGCCAUGGCACCUGCUGUUCAUGAAGAAGAAGCAAGUGUAAAGCAGGACAGCAAUGGCACCUCUGACAAAGUACUGCAAGCUGCUGAUGUAACCAAACCUGCUGCGGUUACUCCCCCUCCUCCUCCUCCUCCUCCACCAGCAGCACCAGCAGUGUUUACGAUCUCGGAGAUGAAUAAGUUGAUGCUUGAGAGUCUGUCCUCUCCGAAUUCGAUAAGACCGCGAUGGCCUUCACCUGCGGACAAAGAGCUUGUGCGUGCUCGAUCACUGAUCGAGAAUGCUCCCAUUGUGACAGAUGAUCCAAUGCUCUAUGCUCCUCUCUACCAUAAUGUCUCCAUGUUUAAGAGGAGCUAUGAACUGAUGCAGAAGAUGCUGAAAGUGUACGUUUACAGGGAAGGAGAAAGGCCUAUAUUCCACCAGCCGGCACUAAAAGGAAUCUAUGCCUCUGAAGGAUGGUUCAUGAAGUUCUUGGAAACCAGCAAGAAAUUCGUCACGAAAGACCCACGAAAAGCUCACCUGUUCUACUUGCCUUUCGGUUCUCGCAACCUGGAGGAAACCCUCUACGUCCCUGGCUCACACAGUCACAAGAACCUCAUACAGCAUCUCAAAAACUACCUGGACAUGGUUGCUGCAAAACACACCUUCUGGAACAGAACAGAUGGCGCGGAUCAUUUCCUCGUCGCUUGCCACGAUUGGGCACCAGCCGAGACAAAACAGUACAUGUCAAACUGCAUUCGCUCCCUCUGCAACGCAGACAUCAAGGAAGGAUUCGUCUUCGGCAAGGACACAUCCCUCCCGGAGACCUACGUCCGAAACGCGCAGAAGCCACUACGAGACCUCGGCGGGCAGCCACCAUCGAAGCGAUCGACACUAGCCUUCUUUGCAGGCAAUAUGCACGGCUAUGUUCGCCCGAUCCUGCUGCAGCAUUGGGAGAACAAGGACCCCGAAAUGAAGAUCUAUGGCAACAUGCCGAGGUCCAAGGGGAACAAGAACUACAUCAAUCACAUGAGGAGCAGCAAGUACUGCAUUUGCCCCAAAGGUUACGAGGUGAACAGCCCGCGCGUCGUGGAGGCAAUCUUCCAUGAUUGUGUUCCUGUGAUCAUUUCUGACAACUUCGUGCCGCCGUUCCUCGAGGUUUUGAACUGGGAGUCGUUCGCCGUGUUCGUGAUGGAGAAGGACAUACCGGAUUUGAAGAGGAUACUGGUCGGGAUCCCGGAGAGGAGGUACCUGCAGAUGCAGAUGAGGGUGAGGAAGGUUCAGCAGCAUUUCUUGUGGCACCCUAGGCCUGUGAAUGAAAUCUGUGGGAGAAGGGGCACAGAGAGAGAAAGGGAAAGUGGGUUUGGAUGCAAUAUGUACAAGGGAGUUCAGUUUCUGUGCCAGAGAGAUGCAGGGAAGUUGCUUAUGUUGGUGGGAGCAACUUUCGUUAUAGUUAUGGCGGUUCAGUAUUUUGAAAUCCCAUCAAUUGGAGCUUUCACUUCUCUGUUCCUCGGCAAUGCGGUAAGAAAUGAUAGCUUUGUCGAUUCGAAGCAUGAUGCUUCGAUCCCUCCUGAGAGAGGAGCUAUGCCACCACUUGACAUUGUGUCGAAACCGGGUAAAAAUGGCAGCUUUGAUAAGCCUGAUCUAGGUGUCGUCCGACCAUCUGCAUCAUCACUAGCAAAUGCAAUGCCAUUGACUGUGAGUACCCCCUUGAUUUCCCCUUCGAGCUCAAACAUCUCAUCCAAUACCAAAGACCAUGCAGCAAUUGGGCUUAGCAAGGAUGCCAAUUCAGGGUUGUUGUCGUUAAGUAAGCCUGAUCAAGCUUCUCUCUCACAAUCUGCAUCACCACCACCAGUGAAUGCAACUACAGUGAGCUCAUCGAUUUCUCCUUCGAGCUUAAACAUUUCAUCGAAUACCAAAGAUCAUGCAACAAUUGGGCCUAACAAGGAUGCCAAAUCUGGUUUAUUGUUCAAUAAUAACUCAUCAUCAGUAACUGCAAAUAGUUCUGCACAUGGAGCUUCUGCAAAGAGAAACCAGAAGUAUAAGCCACCAUCCAAAGUUGUACCGAUAUCAGAGAUGAACAUAAUGUUGCAUCAGAGAUACGCUUCAUCAUCAUCUUCCAUGAUACCCCAUUGGCCAUCAGAGGUUGACAAGGAUAUGCUCCAUGCGAGAUCAGAAAUUGAGAAAGCAGCUGGAAUUGGGGAUGAUAUAGAUCUCUAUGCACCUCUCUACCGCAAUGUUUCUAUGUUUAAAAGGAGCUAUGAACUGAUGGAGAAGUUGCUCAAGGUAUACGUGUACCAGGAAGGCGAAAAGCCAAUCUUCCAUGAGUAUAUACUCAAUGGUAUAUAUGCUUCUGAAGGAUGGUUUAUGAAGCUCAUGGAGAACAAUCAACAUUUCGUCACUAAAGACCCCAGCAAAGCUCACUUGUUCUACAUUCCAUUCAGCUCGCGACUUCUGGAGUUGAAGCUCUACGUCAGAAAGUCCCACAGUCGAGAAAACCUUGUUGAGUACAUGAAGAACUUUGUGGACAUGUUGGGCGUGAAAUAUCCUUACUGGAAUAGAACUGAUGGCACUGAUCAUUUCGUUGCUGCCUGCCAUGACUGGGCACCAGCUGAGACAAGGGGACGAAUGCUGAAGUCCAUCAGAGCCCUCUGCAAUGCUGACCUCGAAGUAGGUUUCGACAUAGGCAAAGAUGUCUCCCUGCCCGAAACCUACGUGAGGUCAGCAGAGAAUCCUCUCAAGAACUUAGAACCGAACCUGCCAUCAGCCUCCGAGAGACACAUCCUUGCUUUCUUUGCCGGCGGCAUCCAUGGCUACCUCCGCCCGAUCCUGCUCUCCCACUGGGAGAACAAAGACCCCGACAUGAGGAUCACUGGCCCACUGCCCCACGUUCGAGGCAGCAGGAACUACAUCGAGCUCAUGAAGAGCAGCAAGUUCUGCGUAUGCCCACGAGGGUUCGAAGUGAACAGCCCGAGGAUCGUGGAAUCGAUAUUCUUCGAGUGCGUUCCUGUGAUCAUAUCAGACAACUUCGUGCCCCCGUUCUUCGAUGUCUUGGACUGGGAAUCUUUCGCCGUGUUUGUGCUGGAGAAGGACAUCCCCGAGCUGAAGAAGAUACUGCUGGCGAUAUCCGACGAGAGGUACAAAGAGAUGCACAAGAGGGCGAAGAUGGUGCAAAGGCAUUUCCUUUGGCAUCACCAGCCUGUGAAGUAUGAUCUGUUCCACAUGGUUCUUCACUCUGUAUGGUAUAACAGAGUCUUCCAAAUGAGAAUGUGAAGAUAUUGGAUUGAGAAUUUGUCAACUGAAAUGUAGUGUAUACUGUAUAGGGUGUAGACUUCAUAGAUUGUAUGUUCAAGAAGAGAUUUUGGUUACAGAGGGAUCAUAAUUAGGUUUACCAUAUCUCCACUGUCAUUUCGCUCUCAUCUAGACCGUUAUAAAGAGCUACGCGAUUUUGAAAAUUAGCU